GGACUUGAACGCAACAGAUUCAGGGGAUCUGAAGUGCGGCACGGAGAGAACCGACAUGGUGAUAUAGAGCUGGUUACGCCCGGCUAGGAUGCACGUUUGCCUUCAACCACAGCUACUCCGCUUGUUGCCUGCAGGCUCCUCUGCAGCUUUCAUUCAUUCUGCGCCUCCUUCCUACACCGCUUCUCAUAUUUUCCUGCGGCUCCUGCAUUGAGCGAACCGUGCAUGUUUGCCUUCUGUUGCUCUGCAUCGAGUCCACCACACAUCCUCUUUCUUCUGCAUACGCCACGCACGCAAUGACUUCUGUUAUUGACUGCUUGCGUGUUGGCUGGGGUGUUAUCAUCCUCUGCUGCGUUACUUCUACUGUUGGUCAUUUAACCGCUGCAGUACGCAAAAGGACGGAACGCAGCAGAUUAAGUCAUGCAAUAUCUGUCAUCAUCUUAUUAGUGUACACCAUCUUCGUCCUCGUCGGCUUUGUGUCUUUCAUCCAUAGCAAGGACUGUAGCUCUGGCACAUGGGCCAAUAUCGGGGCGCAGCAGAUUAUAUUGCUGUUCGAUUAUGUUUGUCAAAUGCAAGUUAUUUCUGGGUUAAGUUACCGCAUUAGUACGAAGAUUGUACGGCUGGUUUUACCGGCCAUAGGGCUGGUUGGAGUGAUUCUAACCGUUAUAUUUGGAUGUUCUUCCCGAAAUUGCGUUUCUCCCCUUAUAGGGCCUAAUAGCCGGACGGGCCUAAUAGCCGGACAGCUAAGACAAGUUACAGGUUUAAAAUAA